AUUUUUGUAAUUUGGCUUGGCGCAAUUUGUUUAAGCUUUUGUUGGCUUGUCAGGAUGGAAGAGUCUCUGGAACCUUUUUCUUCAGAUUUUUCUCUCGGUGCUUGGAACGACUUUGGGAAAUUCUCCGAAAAUGGUUUCGGAGAAAGCGUGGACUGUCUUGAUGGGGUCGCUUUGGAGAACAACGAAAAGUGGGACUCGUAUCUUGGGGACGGAGAAUAUGAGCUCCCUCAUACCGAACAGGAGGCACAAGCACCGUACAGUUUCAUUUCUUCGACCACUGAAGAGAACCCCUCUUAUGGAUUCGAGUUUUCUCUGGGACCUGCUUGCUUUGUUGGUCAGUCUUCACUGGAGGAACUGGAAAGUGCGAAAGAAAGCAACUGGACCGAUUUGAUGGGACAACAAGUGUGUCAAGGAGAAGGUGAAAACUAUUGCAAGACAUUGGAGAGAAAUUCGAAGAAUGAAACGCUUUCUAUUUGUGAAGAGGUUUCGACGGCUUCGCUGGGAAAGCAAGUUUCAGAGGCAACAGAUUCAAUAUGUUUUGUAGAAAGUAACUUGUCACCUUCCGCGCUGGAAGAUUUGAAGGGUUCUACGUCGGCGCAAGGUCGUAAAAUGACUGCAGAAGAAAGGACAUUGAUGCUGUACAAGAGGAAGCUUAGAAAUAGAGAGUCUGCUGCCAAAACACGAAAGAAACGUGCAAAAACCUUGAACCAGAUUGGGCAAGAAUUAGAAGAAUUGAGACAGAGAGCUGAUUCUCUGAAUGAACGUAGUUCUCAUGCACACAGGACAGAGGAAGAAAAUAAGAAACUUGUUGAAGAGAACUCUCAUCUCCGAAACGUUAUCAAUCAGUAUGCGGUCGAAUUGUCUAAUGUUCGAUAUAAAUUGAAACUCUACGAGGACUCUGCUAGCAUAUGCCAAGCUGGAGGAGUCGACAAUAAUGAGAUACUAUCCUUACCCAACUCACAUAAGAAAAAUGCCGCAUUCGACGCUUUGUCUUGUGAUCAGAGAAACAUAGAAACAACAAACUCGAGAGAAACUGGCGCAGCUAAGAGUGGUUUUGCUUCUAAUGAGAAGGAGGCAGAAAUGUUGCGUUUUACACCAUUUUCGUCACGAGUUACCACUUUGGAUGUCUUGGAGCAAGUUUCUAACCAACACCUGGGGAAUAUAAAAGGCACGUUAUCGGGACGAGAUCGUAGACGGGCAAUUGCAGCCACCAACGUGUUCUUAAGAGAGCGUUCGAUGAACUGAAUAAUAUUCUGUUCAAAAUCAGAUUUUCAAAUAUGUCCUUUCAAUCGUUCCGUUUUUCUGAUUGGUUUAUUUGGUUGCUUAAAUUCAAGAUAAAAUGUGUCUUUCGUCAUUAGUUGAUUCCAAAAUGCAACACAGUGUAUGUUAUAGCCAGCUGUCGGGUCAUCAC